CUAGCGUGUGCAUUUGCACAACUCGUUGCCUGUGCCAGGGGUUGUAUAAAUACUUCCGAGCACCCUAUUACAAGAACCCUCUUGCCUCUCACCCGGGAUACCCCCAUCAGAAUCCAUCAUGUUUUCAUCAAGACAAACCAGAUAUCGAGGCGAAAGCUUCUCCCAGAACCGGGCAACCAAGUCCAAGUCACAUAAAAGAACUCUUUCAUUGCGGGAUACUUCGAAGGUGGAAAAGCUUGCCCAGCAAGCACAGGCCUCCUCACCACACUCCAAUCAGACUUCUCCCAGUAUCGGCAGUGCUAUCAUAACCAUAUGUGUCGGCCGUGAGCAACGCCUCUUUGCGGCUCAUGAAGAUGUCCUCUGCCACUCACCCUACUUCAUAUCCGCCUGCCGAGACCAGUUCUUUCAGACAUCUAACAAGCGUAUCGACCUACCGGAGGAGGAGCCCGAAGUCUUCUCGUCUAUGCUCGAGUACCUCUACAAGGGCGACUAUUACCCCCGCCUGGAAUUCAACAAACGGAGGAACAGUUGGGGCCUCGAAGAUGGCGGCAACAGCAACGGCACCAGUGAGGCUGUGAUUCAAACCUCGUUUGGUCCUGUCCUGAAAGACACUAUGCUCUACUGUGCCGCCGAGCGAUACGGACUCCCGGAGCUCAAGAAGCUUGCUCUUCGCAAACAAGGACUCCAGUCUGGUGUUCAAUGCAGCACCAUUCUCACGUCUGCUCGCUUCGCAUAUGCUAACACUCCGGACAAUGACUCCAAGCUACGAGCACAUUACCUCGCUCUCAUCAUCCGAGCUCGCCACACCUUCAAGCGCAGCGGCACAAUGCAGCAAGAGAUGGAGAAUGGCGGAAAGCUCUUCUUUGACCUCUUCGUCGCUAUGGUCAACCACAUGGACGACCUUGCUCAGAAGACCCCUCGCUAAACGUCUCGACGAUCGAUAGGACUGUCGCUGUCGACUGUCAUUCUCGCAUGAGCCACCAUCUCCCCUUACCUACAGCCUGUUGA